AUGCUCAGAGAUUGGAGUGGUACGAAAUGUUUUGAUUGUGGAAAGUUAGAACAUAUAGCCCCUUAUUGUCCGGGUAAACAAGAGAGAUUAAGAUGUGCGGGUUGUGGUACGUUUGGGCAUAAUAAGGAGGAAUGUAAUGCGAACAAUUACAAUAACAAAAGUGGUUUUCCACAGAGAGGGAUGAGUCCGAAUGCUUUAAAUGUGAGGAUAAUUGAGCGGGAGAGAGUGAAAGAGGUGUGGGCAUUCAAUGUCAAAGAAUUGGAGGAGAAAAAUAUGGAAUGUUUUCGAUGCCGAAAGGGUGGGCAUAUGGCGCGGGAUUGUGAGAAUUUGUGA